CCGAGCUUUUGGCGCGAAAAAUAAAUCAGGGCAAAAAAUCAAAAAAAAAAAAAUCGUCCUCGUUCUCCUCUAGGGUUUCGAAACCCGCCCCAUCUUCGUCGGAUCAACUGAUCGAUCCAUUCCCCAACCUCUUCCUACAGCUGAGCUAUUCGAUCCCGUAGACAGCAUCGACGUUUCCCUCUUUAAUCGAUGGAAAACUCUCGCGACGAGGACCUGGAGAUCACCUCCGUCGGAUCACUCUACCAUGGCCAAUGGGACAAGAAGUAUUGGAGCUCCUCUAGGGGAAAAGACCGUUACCCUUAUCCUGUUGGUUAUCAGGCAGUACGAACUCAUGCUGGGAACACAUAUAGGAUGGAAGUGCGUGAAGGCCUCAAUGGGCCUUUAUUUGUGGUCUCAUUCACAGACGGAGAUUCAUCCACCGGGCAGACCCCUGAUAUAGCUUGGGAGAAUUUCAAGAAGAAGAUUGGUCCGAGAGUUAAAAACUGGCAUGGGAGGAGGUUUUCUUCUAAAAUGGAUGGAGUGGAGCUUUUUGGGUUUAGGAAUCCAUUUGUUCAGCGAUUACUUCGUGAGCUAGCGGUAGAUGUCAAUAGAGCACCAGAAAGAUGCUCAUUAUCUCCAAAAUUAUAUGAUAGUGGUUUGCAGUCAGACCAUAAGGUUGACAUUCGAUGUUCCAAUGCAAAUUCAGAUUCGAUUGUCUGCUUAAGCAAGCAACGGAGCAUUGGAAAGAGAGGGAUGAAAGACAGAAUAAAAGAAGGAAGAGUUAAGAGACUUCAUCAUCAGGAUUUACUUUGUGAGAAAGAAUCCGAAAAGGCAGAACAACUAGGCAGGUUUGAUUCUCAUGCCAAAGAAAAAAGUAUACAGCAUUUUCUGGAAGAACAUUUGUCUGGAUCUUUUGCAUGCCAGGAUGCUGCAAAUGCUGUAAAUAAUGAAAGUUUACGCCAAUCUGGCUGUGAGUUAGAAAAAGAUGGUAAGUACGGUGCCGUCCAACAGGCUACUUCAGUGGAUGAAGGGCAAUGCCAUCCUAUGCUAGCCAAUAAUAAAUUACCAGAAGAAGUUGAGCAUUCUGAUUGUGUUGUUGAGAAACAUGUAAUUUCUCAGGAGGAAAGCAAGUAUUAUAGGGAUUUCAGAUUCCCUUCAGUGGAGAAUAUACCUUACUCAGCAGGUCACAGAGACGGAAGUCCCAGAGAAAUAAAAGAUUCACUUCAAGAAGUCAGCUCAUCUCCUAGCUCCUCAAAUCCAGGUUCUGAUAAAAUGGAUUUGGAUUCUGAGGGGCAAGAAUUAGCAAAGUUCAUGAUGGCAUGUUUACUUCCGCAAGCCAUUCCCCUUCUUAAGAAGACUUAUGUCAGAAGGAAGUAUAGACGUGAAAAUCAUGAAGCAGAUUUUGAGCAGAAGGUUGGUGAUUUCCACUUGACUGGUGACAUUAGUCAAGGUGAAUUUGAAGCUAAUAACAUUGUCCAAAGAUCAGAAGAAAAAAUGUCAGGGAAAAAUGAUUCUGGAACAUCGGUUCAGGACAGUUCUGAAUGCAAAAAAACCACGGUAAAGCCAUCUGACAAUUAUUGCCUCCCAAACAAUGAGCAAUCUUCUGAAAGGUCAAACGAGGUCAAAUAUGUCAUUCCAGAUAGCUUGGAGGAUGAUCCAUCCGUCUUUAAUGUUAGGGCUCAUAAAUCUUCUCCUGCUGAUUAUUGUGAAACUAUUCAUGGAUAUCCGAAUGAAAUUAAGCAGAAUUUUGAGCCUUCAAAGUUGCCUUUCAGCAUAAAAGAAGGGGUCGUAGAGCCUUCUAAUCUUGAGAGCUGUGAAUAUAAUGGAGUAGUUAAGCCAUUUAAUGAACUCGAGAAAGGUGAUCUUUUCUUAUCUGAUUCUCUUCUAGCCGGUUUAGAAGAAGAGUUUAAUGGCGACUCUGCAGGUGACAAAAAUGAGAUCUCUUAUUGGGAACUGAAUUACCAAAGAACAGAUUGCGCUGAUCAUAUUCUAUCCAUUAAUCCUGCUUCUCACGAGCAUGACUCUUUGCAGCACUUGUGCAAUGAUAAAAAUAGUUUCAGAAAAGACCUCUCGGUUCCUCCACCUGAAGGAAAUUGCAAGCCUACUGGAAAUGACAUAACUGAGCAAUAUGCAAACGAUCUUCUUCCCUGCUCAGAAUAUACAAGCUUGGAUGAAAGAGAAUUUUCCAGAAUUACUAAUUCUGGAAGAAUGCUUGAUAAGUCACAAGAUGACCUUGAGUCCUCCAUUCAACACAAGCUAGUUAACUUUGAUGUUCCAAAUGUUCCAGAGUUUACUGAUGUGUGUGUUGGAAAUCUGGUAAAGGAAAGGCUUGACAGCACAGUACCAAUUAAUAUAAAGGGAAAUUCUUCGUUGUUUUUUAUGCAAAAUGCAGUAUUUCGGACCGAUGAUCUCCCAUCUGAUGCUCAGAAAGGAGAAACAUUACUCCGUGCACAUUAUUCGUCUAAAACAUUUGACAUUCCUCUAUCAGAAAGUAUAAUUUGCCGAAAUUUUGAUGAGACCAAUCUUAAGAAAUUUGCUACUCCCAGGAAAUUAGAUAACAGAGAAAUUGUUCAAGAUGGUUUUGCGAGUGGUGAUGCAGAGAAAAGGAUAUAUGCUGCCAAUCAAAUUAAGAGAGACGAAAUUAAACUACAUCUAAACAACACGGAGGAUAGUUGUGCACACGGUCCCAUUACAACAUAUAAUAUUCAGGUUAUUCCUCAAGCAAGUGUUAAUAAUGUUGGAGAAGAUAUGAAAUCUUCCACUUGUGUUCCUUCUCGUUUAUAUAUUGAAAAUAAUUAUGUAAAAGCUGUUGGUGGUACUAAUGAAGCUCAGGAUUAUUGCAAAAUGCAGCUCCAGAUGAAGAGAAAUGUUCCAGAACAAAGUAGAAAAUGUGCCCUGAAAGAAUUUUCUUGCCCAGAUGCGAAGCAGCUUACAGAUAUGGCAACAGAUAAUGACCAUAAGGAUCUUUGCCAUGAUAAACCAUGCAAAAGAAGUCAUUUUGAUGAACUCUCAUCUCAUGAUGCGGAAUCACUCGCAGCACUAGAUAGAUCUAUGGAGCUUGUGGGCUGCCUUUUGCAUCCAAGCUCCAUCUUGUCUAUCAGCUUGAGUUCAAAUGAUCAUUCUUUACAAAUCAGCGUGUUGUGUGGUCUUCUAGAGGACUCUGCUAAAUCCCUUUACAUCUAUGUUGUUCCCCUUCAGGAACAGAGUGGAAUAUGCCCUUCUUUUACUGGUUACACCUCACUUAUGUUGCCUCCGCUGGAGGGUCCUUUCAAAGGAAAUUUAACAUUUGAAAGAGCUGGAUUGCAAUUUACUCCAGAUGGUCACUCACUUAUCCUGCUUAACAGUAUCAAAGUACCAUAUUGCAGGAAGCACAGCGUAGCUUGUUUGUGCCCCAUGUGCAAAUUAGAUCAAUGUGAUGAUAAUGCUGUAAAAAUUGUACGGGUGAAUUUUGGGUACGUUUCACCACUGAUCAAAUUGACGACAGAUGAGAAGGUUUGCUGUAUCUUGGUCUGUGAACCAAACUGGCUUAUAGCAGUUCAAGAGAGUGGGAAGUUGCAUGUCUGGACGAUGAACUUGGAAUGGAGUACAAACUCUGAAGAAUAUGUGCUACCUUCAUUUGACGAUUUGCCAUGUCCGAUGUUGGAGCUGAAAAGAGUAACAAAUGCUAACAGCCUUGUGAUUGGUCAUAAUGGUAUAGGCGGUUUUGGUUUAUGGGAUAUCUCAAAGAGGGCAUGUUUAGCCAGCUUCUCAGCUCCAGGCAACAUAGUAUUCCAAAUUAUUCCGGUAGGCUUUUGCAGUUUGCAGAACUAUGGGAUUCUCUUCACCAAUAACAAUGAAGAGGAAAGCUUGAAAGAGAUGAUGGCAAAAGAUUUGUCCAAAGAAGCUGCUGAAAUCCCCUUUCUUAUUCCUUCUGGAGAAGAUGCAGCUGUUUGGCUCAUGGUUUCUGCUGCUUCAGUAACAGAGGUUCAACAUGAUCUUCAGGUGAAGGAUCAUAGCAUAAGAUGGUGGAGGCUAGCUCUUUUAGCCAAGAACCUGGUCUUCAUGGGAAGCAUGUUGGAUCCCAGGGCUUCCGUUGUAGCUGCCUCAGCUGAAUAUGGAUUUGUUGGAACAUUUGAUGGUCUCUUGUACAAAUGGGAGCUCUCUACUGGGAGGAAAUAUGCUGACAUGUGUUGUUUCAAAUGUGGGAGUGUACCAUGCAUUGGAGUUGAUGCCCGAUCAGGUGCAAUGGCAGUAGCUGACGAUAAGUGUCAUUUGUUAAUAUACAGACCAAGGACAGAUAUGAUAGUGGAUAGGUAGGUUCAGCAGAUACGACGCCAUUGUCAAUCAGCGGAAGUGACUCCAUAAACACGGCGCUACGACUAUGUGAAAUGUACAUAUGGGGACAUAUUUUGUUCACUCAACUCAAACUUGCCGGUCUUGACGUUUCCUAAUCCAUCUCAUGCGCCCAAUGUUGUGGCAUGCUUGGUUUCAAAUAUCUGCACAAAGCUGUCUUCUUUCAAAUGGUGAAGCAUUGCCUUUGUUUUCUUUUAAGAAAGAAGCAUCACCUAUGUUGUGAUAAUCCUGUAGGUCACGUCUCUGAAAUUUUGUGUUGAACUUGAUUCAUAAUCACCUCACAUUAUCACUUCACAAGUGUAUAUGUGCUUUGUACAGAAUUGGUUGAUCCCACUGAUAAAAAUGCAGCAGGAAAUCACCCAUCCUUAGUGG